AUGGAAUCUUCUAAAAUUCAACUUUAUAUAGAGAACACCUAUAUACCACCAUCACCUGCUAAAAAUGAACAGACCAUCCCUCCAUACCACCCUUGCUUGAUAGUUCAGGAUUCACAAACUGAUGUUUCCAAGAUCAAGCCAUGUGGUUGUGCCGACUCCUACUGUGUCAAAAAUGCACCAGAUUGGAUCCCCAGGGCAAGAAGAUGA